AUGGCUCCUACUACGAAGACGAACUUCAAGACCUACGAGGCCAGCACGCGCCUCCUGGCUGCUGUCAUCGCCACGAACAAGGGCAUCAAGCUGGACUUCAAGGAACUGGCGAAAUAUGUCGGCGGAGGUACCACGAAGGACUCGGUCAACCAUCGACUACGACCCAUCAAGCAGCUGGCCAAGAUGCAGGCUGCUUGUGUGGGAAAAGGCGAGGAUCCAGGCGAGCUGCCUGUCGAGAAAGGAGCACUCGCAGACCUGGUUGGCGGAGGAGCGAGCCCGUCUUCCUUGGAGCACCGCUUCCGUCCCAUCAAAAAGCUGGGAGAGGAGCUUACUGGUGGCAAGGAGAAGGAAAUACAGAAGUUGUUCGGCGAGUCGACUCCCGGCGGCAUCGAGUGGCAAUUCCGCGAAAUCAAGCAUCUCGGCAAGGCCCAGCAAGCGGCAAUAGCCAAGAAACAGAACCCGGCCGGCGUUGCCGUCAAGUCCGGGUCGGCAGCGUCCACCCCGGUAUCCCGCGCCUCCAAGCACGCUGCUCCCGGCUCUGCCUCGGUCGGCCGAACACCUAGCAGUCGCCCCCCGAAGCGCAAGGCACCACGUGACGAUGAGGAUUCUGACACGGACGUCAAGGCCUUCGACGUCGAUGAUCUCAGCGAUGACGACGACGAAGACGACGAUGACGACGACGAUAUGGACGUGACCCCGAGCAAGCCACCUCCUCCAAAGAAGUCUAGAGUUGCUCACAGUGCCACUUCGACCCCUGCCAAGGUCGCUGCGCCAAAGCAGACUGCUGAAGAGCUUUACCUCCAGCCGUCGCCCGCGACCUCGCUCUUUGGCAACGGCCGUGCACGUGUGCAGAAGCCCAUUGAGACUGCCAAUCCCUUCGAAGCUGAAGACGAGCUUCAGGAGGUCAUUGACUUGUCACAGACGCAGACCCGGUCCCCUCCAAAGCCAGUCAAGCAGGAGAAGACCGUGGCAGCCGUGGCAGCGGCUGAAGAGUUUGAUGUCGCAGACAAUGACCCUUUCGGUGAUACUAACGCGCUCCUCUACGGCUAUGGUGGCGUAGGUUUCGAUGAUGGCGAGUUCUAA